GUGUGCUAAAAACAGUUUCGAUCGUCACCACAAGAUCAGGUGGCGAUGACCAAUCCUUACUCAAAAUCACGAAAAGGACCGAACACUUCGAGACUUGCUGUCCGGCCGCAAUGGAGUACAGCGCGCUACACCCGCCGAACCGCCGAGCGCCGAGCGAUACCGUGAUCGCCGACGUCAAGCAGCGCGUCAGGCCGCCUGCGUAUGCCCUCCUCUCUCUACAGAAAACCGAGUUACCGAGCGUCCACUUGGCCGUUUCACUUGCCGCUAGAGGACACCAUGUCUCCAACCUCACCACUGACACAUCAAGUCGACAAAGUGAACUAGAUAAAGUUGCUCAACGUCGCGAGCGCAAUCGUAUGCACCAGGCGCGCCACAAGAUGAAGCAACUUAAGAAGGUGGAGGACCUGGAGACGAGCAUUCGGCAGCUUCGAGAGGAAGUGCAGCAACUUAAACUGCAGAGAGAAGUCCUCUCGGUUGGCGUCAUGUCCAAUACGACGGUAUGGAGCGUUGCAGCCGAGUACUUCCGCAUGUUCCGCUACGGUGUUAAGUCGCUAGGCCUGUCGACUCAGAAUUGUGCUCUUGUGGCGACAUCUUCUCCGUUCCAAGCGGAUGCGCAGCGGCGUUUCCUGCUUUCGACGAUGAUGGCGAGCGUAACGAGCGAGACUGGUUACGGAGUGGACGCACUGAUGGAAAACUGGAGCUUCGUGACUAGAUUCCACCCGGACAUUGACGUCCAGUUGAUGUCGCUAGAGAGCAAAGGGGAUGGCCUUGUGAUGGGGAAGACUUUAGGCAGACUCACGAUCACGGAGAACACACUGCGUCAUGCGUUCCCUCAUUUGGUUAGUGAUGGAGGAGAACGAGCUCAGCUUGCACGUAAACUUUUGGGUCAGCAGCUUGUCAUGCGAGGGGGUGUUCACUUUGAGUGGGAUAGCGUGAACGGGCGAAUUGCCAGGGUGCAGCACAAGGCAGACUUGAUGACACCAUUGCUGCAGUUGCUAGGAAGCUUGGAGGCUGUUUCGUGCGUAUUUGAGAAAGCGCUUGUGACACCUGAAAGUACAGCAGUCUCUUGGAAGACGCUCUCAGCUCAAUAGCUUUGUAUAUAAACUGGAGAUUUCCCCGGUGGUGAGGUUGUUGCUUGUGAUUGACUUUGAAUACGUUCUGCCACGCUUAUACUAGAUUGUAUGGAAUGAUUUUUUUUUUUUUGCCACAUACACUCCCGGUCUAAAAUUACAUGAACACCGU